GGAUUGGGUGAGUGCUGCGCAGGCGCGCUGCUCGGGGGUGGCAGGGCAGGGCAGGGCAGGGCAGCCCGCGAGCGGAGCCAUGGAGGGCGGGAGCGCAGCGCAGGGGCUGCUAGAGCAGCGGCCCCAGGAGGAGACGGUGCCGCAGCCGGAGGAGCUGCCCCGGCCCCAGGAGGAGGAGGAGCCGGAGGCGCUGCCCCGGCCCCGGCCCCAGGAGGAGGUGGAGGCGGAGGCGCUGCCCCGGCCCCAGGAGGAGGUGGAGGCGGAGGCGCUGUCCCGGCCCCAGGAGGAGGCGGAGGCGCAGCCCCUGGCGAAGCGCAGGAAGCUCCUGUGCGCCGAGUUCGCCUCCAUCACCGGCAGCGACCUGGCCCUGGCUCGCUGCUGCCUGGCGGAGAACGACUGGCACAUGCAGAGGGCUCUGAACUCCUACUUCGAGCCGCCCGUGGACCAGCGAGACGUGGGCGGGAGGACCCAGGCCCACGCCCCGCCGGAGACCUGUAUUGACCUGACUGCUGAUGUUACUACUAGUAGUGUUGGAGUGAACAACGCAGACUGCAGGCAACAAGAAGAUGACAGCAGGUUCUCUUUACUUACCUGGAAUAUUGACGGUCUGGAUCUAGGAAAUCAAGAAGACAGAGCUAGAGGAGUCUGCUCUUAUUUAGCAUUAUACAGUCCAGAUGUGGUGUUUUUACAGGAGGUUAUUCCACCAUACUUCAGUUACCUACAGAAGAGAGCAGUCAGUUACACAAUCAUUCCAGGUAAUAUAGAUGGUUAUUUCACUGCCAUAAUGCUGAAAAAAUCAAGAGUGAAGUUUUUAAGGCAAGAAAUAAUACCUUUCCCAACAACCUCCAUGAUGAGAAACCUAUUAAUUGUGCAUGUGAAUAUAUCUGGUAAUGAACUCUGCCUUAUGACUUCCCAUCUAGAGAGCACAAAAGGUCAUGCCAAGGAACGCCUAAAUCAACUGAGGCAGGUGUUAAAGACAAUGCAGGAGGCAUCAGAGUCAACUACAAUUAUAUUUGGAGGGGAUACAAACCUAAGAGAUCAUGAGGUUACUCAAGUAGGUGGCUUACCUAACAAUAUUUUGGACAUAUGGGAAUUUUUGGGCAAACCAGGGCACUGCCGUUAUACAUGGGACACAAACUGCAAUUCUAACCUGGAUGCAAGUUACAAAUGUAAGUUCCGAUUUGAUCGCAUAUUCUUCCGAACUGCAGCAGAAGGGGGACAAAUUAUUCCACGGAGUUUGGACUUAAUUGGACUAGAAAAAUUAGACUGUGGUAGAUUUCCCAGCGAUCACUGGGGUCUUCUGUGUGAUUUUGAUGUGAUACUGUAAAGAAAACAAAGCUUUUAAAGUCUAUGUAUUGUUGGAAACGCUCUUAAAUCUUUUAACCUUUGGAUUUCACAAAAAUUUAAUUCUAAAUUUACAUAAGAUUUAUUUUACAAUCCUAAGGAGUUACCCACUCAUUUAACAUUUGCUGGGAUAUCUGCAGAGUAAAAAGCCAAACCUUUUUAUUUUCUUUGUAUACAUUCUAUUAGACUUUUUAAAAAUAUAUUUUAAUGUAGCAUAAAGCACAGAAAUACAAAACAAAAUCCAUUUUUAAAUGGAAGAGAUAAAACAAUCUCAAAUAUAAUCCAUCAAGAAUUAAAACAGUCAUUCACGCUCUUUUUCUUUUAUCACUUUUUGUUGUAAUAGUCUCAAUAAAUAUUGAUUGUAAAUUU